CUUUCUCUAAAAUUACGAGGCCACCCUUCAGUCCCAAUCCCUCUGAGAGGAGGGCUUCUCCCUCUUCCCAUCGAGAGAACUCCUCCCAAUUCUCCCUCUUAGAUCCUUGAUUUCCUUUCAAUUUCCUCGUUUUCGCCUCUUAGAACCCUAGAUUUCGCCUUUGGGAUGGCGGGACGAGCAGAUCAAGCUGUUUCUUGAAGGAAUUGUGGCCGGAUCUGAAUCAGAAGAUGUAUAGGGAGCGGGGAGGGAGCGGAUCGAAGUUGGAGAUCGGCACGAUCGAUCGGAAGCGGAUUAAUGAUGCUUUGGAUAAGCAUCUCGAGAGGGCAUCCUCGUCGACCUCCCGGGGACUGGAUGGCAAGGAGAAGGACCGGGUCUCUGCCGGGAAGCAACAAGACCUACGGGAUCAGCGGUCUAGUGAUCUCUCGAAGAACAAGUGCUCCGGUGGUGAAUCUGAAACAGACAGUGAGGAGUCGGAUGUUAGUGGUUCUGAUGUGGAUGACACAUCCUGGAUUUCAUGGUUCUGUAAUCUGAGAGGAAAUGAGUUUUUCUGUGAGGUUGAUGAUGAAUACAUACAAGAUGACUUCAAUCUUUGUGGAUUAAGCAGUCAAGUUCCAUACUAUGAUUAUGCCCUUGACCUUAUUUUGGAUGUGGAGUCCUCUCAUGGUGAUAUGUUCACUGAGGAGCAAAAUGAGUUGGUCGAAUCUGCUGCUGAGAUGCUAUAUGGUCUGAUUCAUGCUCGGUACAUUUUAACCAGUAAAGGGAUGGCUGCAAUGCUGGAGAAGUACAAGAACUAUGAUUUUGGAAGGUGCCCUAGGGUUUACUGCUGUGGUCAGCCCUGUCUUCCCGUCGGGCAAUCUGACGUUCCUCGUUCCAGCACUGUCAAGAUCUAUUGCCCUAAGUGUGAUGAUAUAUACUACCCAAGAUCCAAGUAUCAAGGCAACAUUGAUGGAGCAUACUUUGGCACCACCUUUCCGCACUUGUUCCUCAUGACAUAUGGACACCUGAAGCCACAAAAGGCGACCCAGCGAUUCGUUCCUCGGGUUUUUGGUUUUAAGAUCCACAAGGCAUGAUGCUAGAGACCCUCGCAACGCAAAGGUGGAAUUGUGAAAAGGGAGAUUCAAGUGACGAAGAAUGCUAUGUCAAAACUCAUCUAUAUAUACAUAUAUGUAUAUCUAUGGUAGUGUAUUGAGGAAAUGCUUCAAAUGCACCUACCUAUUGUUGUUGUUGUUGUUGUUCAAUCAAAAAGAUAUUUCUUAUGCUUAUUCUGCAACUGCAAGUCUGCAAUGCCUAUACAGCCUGUGUAUCAGUCUGAAAAAUUAAUUGGUGUGAGGUAGCAUUCCUUUUAUUAAAGACUUUUUUGGCAGCC